AUGUCCUCUCAAGAACAGAUUUUUCGUGAAUUUCUUGAAACAUACAAUCGAAUUGUUGAAGAAUGUUUUCAUCGAUGUAUUUAUACAUUCAACUAUCGAUAUUUAGUUGAUGAUGAGAUUGAUUGUAUAACUCAUUGUACAUCAAAAUAUGUUAAUUAUAAUCAACGAAUGGCAAUGAAUUUUGCAGACAUACAAGCAAAAAAAAUGAUGGAUAUGCAUGAACAAGCUGAAGCACAAUCACAACAACCAUUACAAAUGAUGAAUAAUCAAAUCAAUGAUAAUUCAAAACCUUUUUGA